AUGUUGAUGACUCCCGGUAUUGGGCAAGCAUAUAUGGAAAACGACCCAAUUCUUAUUCCAUUGGGUCACCAAACACCAACUGGGAAUCUUUUAGGACUUGAUCCAAUCAGAAAGCUUAUUGGUCACUAUUCGCAAGAUUUCUUUUUGUUGCUCGAGUCUGAGCGCAAGAUACCCUUUCUCACCCCGGGCACUGCAAUGUCUACGAUUAUUGAGCGGCUGAAUCGAGAUAUUCCCGCAACGAAUUUGCUUAUUUCAAAUUUCUUCACGCAUGUACACUCUCAGUUUCCUAUUUUGGAAAAGGAGCCGUUUUUACAGUUGCUUGAGAAGUUCUUAGCUAAUGACCAGAUUGGUGAGAUUGGUGCUGCCUAUGUCUCACAGUACAAAUCAUCCUACCGAGGAAAUUUCACCAAUGGAGCUCGAUUGAGCUACGAGCCUUCAAUCGCAUCGCUGGAGGGAGUCAAUAUUGAGCUAAGUCGGCAACUCCAAGCGUGGUUCGACUCGCUACCCGAAUCCAUCAAGCCAGAUCUCCAAAAUCCGACUUCGCGAGACCUCCAAGAUACUCAGCUACGUACAAGAUAUUAUGCGGCAAAACAUAUCAUUUCUCGUCCAUGUCUUGUCUUCGCGGCAGUUUCUCGUCAAGUUCAUUUAUCGGAAUAUGUCAAGGCAAAUUGCGAGACCUGUGUAGAAAGUUGUCGAAAGCUGCUACACGCAACAGUCCCACUUCUUGGGCGAAGGACACAUUCGACUUGGCUGAGACUACAGGCCCUUCUGGCUGCUGUAUUCGUCAUUUCAAUGGCUAAAACGACACCAUCACUCGCCUCACUCGUGCCAGAUUUUGACGAGCUAAUUGGGAUGGUGAUAGAAAUGACAGAGCCCUGGGCACGUCAUCAUGAAGCUGCGGACGCUACAUUGAGCAUUUUUAAGACCAUUCGGCAGAAGCUGCGGCUCUCCGUGGCAACUUUAUUAUAA